AUGCGUGCGGAUCUUUCGCAGCAAUUAAUUGCCUUGACCAAACAAAUCACAACUGCAACCGAUUGGCGAAUACGUUUAGAUGGUGUCAAACGAGUAGAGGAUGUGAUGCAUGCUAGCAAUAAAAGUAUUGCACCUAAUAUGGUAACAGAGGUGCUAAGAGCUCUUCGCAGUCGUUUUGAUGAGACCAAUAAAAAUUUUGUUAUUGAUGUACUUCGCACAAUUUCUUUGGUUGUGGAGACAGCAGGCCCUGAGGCAUGUCGGCCAGGGUUUAAGAGUAUCUUGCAAGGCGUGCUGGGGAUGUUAGGCGACCAAAAGAUGAAUUUGCGCGAGGAGGCCACCAACGUGGCGUACGCUGCCCUGGAUUGUCUUGGUCUUGACACUGUGCUCCAGUGUAUGCUGAAACCUCUCACAUCUGAAUCGCAUGCCUGCAAUCAGUCAGCGCUAGAAAUUAUUGAAAGUGGAUUUCAGAAGGAGCCGGAUGCAGUGAUAUCUAAACAGGUGAUAUUUUCUCUUGUGCCCGCGGUCGUGCGCCUAUGCAUGAGUCGUAUUCUUGAGGUUCGCCUGGGGGCUGAACGUGUCAUUGGUAAAUUUAUCUCACUAGUUGGGGAUGAGAUGGUGCUGCGGGCUGUACAGAGUCUGCGCCCGGCGGAGCAACAGAGUGUCAUGGCGCCUAUUGAGCGACAGGUACAGCUUUUCCUCCGUAGCACAGAUGAGGAAGAAGCUCGUCGAGCGUCAUCAUUUGUUUCACUGUUUUCAGCCCAAGGGCCUGCUUCGUGCACACCACGUUCUCCGCGGUCGCCACGAGCAGCAAGCAGGAAUAUGAGUGCUAGCCAUAGGAGCACGGAUCUCCCACUGCAGCUGCAAGGAGGGCAGUCAUCCCACACUGCGUCCCAACGGAGCUCUACGGGCAAAGAGGCGAUGCCGUCUCCCGUACAACCACAAGCCUCCUCAUCGGCGCCUUCCCCACAAAUUGCGUCUGUCCAGAAUCAUAAUGAAGAGCUUCUCACUAUUCAGGAGAUCAUGGUAGGACUACGGUCUGCCUCUGCGUCAACAGCCGCCAAUACAUGUGCCGAAUUCUUGAAACGGAUUCAAAAUGAUGAGGUGUGUGGAACUCCCGAGAUGAUUCAAGUCAUGGUGGAACGUCUUUAUGAAAACAUCAGGUUUUUUGAUGUGACAUUGGCUAUUGGUCUCAUACGAUGCCUAAAGGCCAUUUUUGAGCGACCCCGAUUUACCCAGUGGUGUCACAGUAGUCUUCUCUUUAGGAUGUUGGGUAUGAUCUUUGACUGUCUCCUGUCAGAGGCAUUCUCGCUACAUGAAGAAGUUAUCAAGGCGCUUAACAAUAUGACACUCACCCUGUUGGAGGGGUGUCCUGGGAAUGAGGUGUUCAGUGCGUUAAUGUCACGUAUGACGAGGUACUCUGAAAUAUAUACUGCGAGUGGUAAGAAGGCUGAUUUAAAGUACAUUCAAGUCACUGUGAAAUGCCUGAUGAGACUCGAUUUCGACACUGUUUCACCGGAUAAUGUUGUUUUAUGCUGUCAUGAGUAUUUGCUGCAGCAUCCACCCAGUGCCUUUCGAAACCUGGACGAUCUUUCCAUCAGAACCGUCAAAACAAUUUUGCAGGACCUCUCGAGGCGGUGCGGGCCACCUUUGCUUGCCGUGGCAAAUCGGCUGGUGGGAACACAAAACCUUGUGACGCAUUUUAUUCGGGCCUGCUUAGAGAACCAAGAACGGUUAGCACAAGUAAAUAGCGAAAACGGACAACAAAGUGCAGGGGACGCUAACAAGCAACCACAGAACCAUGGGUCUCCACAGCAGUGCACUGCCUCACCAUCUCGGCCCGUGCGCCCCCGACGAGGCCAAAAUGUUUAUAUGGACCCAGCCGCCACAAUAGCACAACCCCAAACUUUGUCUGGCGCACAGGGAGCUCUUUUAUCGGCGGUUGAGGAAAAAUCCAUGUCCAGCAUAUUUGCUCGUAUUCGCAAUCAUCUGACAUCCAACCAAGGUAUUGAAGAAUUAUAUGCGUUUCUGAAGCAGCGUCCUAAGAGUCCAGAGUUUGACCAGCAGUUUCACAGAUGCUCUGAGGCGUUUCGCUCCUACAUUAAACGAAAGUUGGAGCGGCAGAUGCAGGAGGAUACCAAAAAGGUCCCAGGGUUCUUACUUCCCGAGGUUCUGCGUUCAACCCCGUAA